GCGAAUUCCCUGGCAAUGGCCGAGAUGAGCGGGGCGAAGGCGGCGAGCCUCGCCUUGCGCAUCGUGGCGCUGGCGCUGUCGGUGGGCGCCGCCGUCGUGAUGGGCAGCGUCGUCUCCUACAACAGCGCUCUGGUCGUCGUCUCGGCCGUCUGCUCGGCGCUGGCGCUCUACCUGUUCGUCGUGCACGGGGGCGGCGGCUCGAUCGUCGUGUCUCUCCUCGACGCCGCCGCGCAGGCCCUCCUGUUCUCGGCGUCCGGCGCGGCGCUCGCCGCGCGCGGCUGCUUCGCCGGCGGGGCGGACGCGUUCCGCGGGAGGGUGGGCAUCGCGGCGGCCGUUGGCACGUGCGCGGCCGCUGCCGUCUUGGUCGCGGCGCUGGCAGGGAACGCGCCACGCUAG